ACACAAUGAACACUACAGCUGAGUUAAGGCAGCUUGUUAUCACGCAACAGCGCAGUAUGGGGUUCGCCGGCCGACAGCCUACAAUGCCCCAGGUCUUCACUUUCGAGCCAAUCCGAGAAAAUAAGAGACCCAAUAGACGCAAGAAACGAUUUAUUAAAGUUCUCUAUCCACCUCACCAGGUUAGGAGGACACUUCCUACCCAGAAAGACCUGGCCAAGAGGUUGCUUCUCUUCUUGCUGUCCGUUGUUGUCUUCCAAAUCUACACCGCUACUGAAGAUGAUUUAAACCUCGCCGACCCGGAGUUUACAGGCGUCCAGGAAACUCCUACCACGUCUGGUGAAUCCCCGGCUCCUUCCGCGCCGGCCGCCUCUUCUCUCUCGGUCAUCUUGUCCCCGGAAGCUGAAUCUAACUACAGCCGGCCUCUUCCAGGUGGAGACGCUGUCCUCAGAAGCUUCUUGGCUUGCAGGAUGUGAAUUAGAACUUGUGUGCAGCAUACCAUGCCUUGUACGCGAGACAGGGUUAUUGACUGCAACAGGUGGAUGCAAAUAUCCAUUCUGGGACACAUCAGUGUUUGAGACUGGGGCGGGUCUCCCAGAGAUCUCCGGUUCUGGACUGUACUAAUAACGCCUUAAGACUCAAUUUAUUACCUCAAUGCUAAUGAACUAAAAUGUAAUUUUGCUGUUUACACGCUUCCUACUUGUAAGCUGGAAGUACAGACAUGUAUUUAAGACUUUUAAAUUAAUAUUUAAUUGUAAUUUUAAUAUUUAAUUUAAUACUAAACGUGGAGGACUUGUUUCAGAAGUAUCUCCUUUUUUUUAAUAAGUGUUUAUAAACAUCUUACCUUAACGGUGGGAUGAAGAGACUCACUUUAUAACGAAGUCUGGUUAAUGGGGCAGCCUGUGGGGGAAAAAAUGACUGUUCCAUUUUGAUGCUGGU